AUGACAAAGGCCCCUAAAUGGAGGAGCGACGGAGAAACUGCAGCGGUUGCGGCCGAUGCAGAAAUGGUUGAAGUUGCAAAGAUAAUAAACGAUUCCUUGGAUACGGCAGUGGCACCAGGAAUUCUCCAGAUUUACAGGAGAGUUAGUAGGGACUUUCUGACCUUUGCGGAUAAAUUCCGGGUCCCUGUACAGGUCAUUCAUAUGUUACGGAACGUGUUUCUGGCUCACCUCAUGAACAAGGGAAAGACCAGAUCAUUGGGCUACCAUUUAGCAGCUUUGACACACUUCUUCGGUCCUUUACCGAAGAUCGACUAUGAAAUCCAACGCGCUCUCCUCCGCAUAGGCAACAAAAAGAGGCCGUCGGUCCGUCACAGGAGGAAGGCAACACGAAAAGACGUGGAAAAAGUGAUCGGAUGCUAA